AUCUGAAACAAUCAAAGAAUUAGAAAAUCGAAAUUCAGCUAAAUCAUGAAGGCCUUACUGAUACUUUUCAUUACUGUGGGGUGGAUAUGCUUGGCAACUCAACGAGUUGAUGCAAGGACUACUGAAGCACAAGAAGAGGUCACUUCAUCAAAGCUGCUUGCUGUGGCGGAGCACAAGAAGAACAGUUAUCAGCUUCCACUGGAUAGCCUAAAAUACGAAGUAAAACUGGGACGCAAGGUAGAGGUGGGGAGAACUACUGGUGCCAAGAAUGUGAAGAUAAACAAUCUCACAGGAAAGAAUAAGAGAGAUCCUGCGGUUGGUUCUGCAGCAUUAGAUUCCAAUGAAGCAACCAAUAAGAUGGGCAAUGGCAUAAUGAGUUAUGAUGAUGACAACGAGAGCUUUGGUAGCUAUGGCCAUCCUUCAGGAUCAUUUACUAACACCCACCAUGUUUAUCCAGAUUAUAAGCGACCUCCCCAUUGAGAUGAGCUUGUUAUACAACUGAAGUUACUGCUGUAAAUUAAUUAUAGAGUUUGGCGUGAUAAUGUGGAGAACUGGAGCUAGCAUGUUAAUUAGCAGCCAUGAACAUGGCUAGCUACGUACUCAUGCAUGUUGGCUCCUAACAGAGAUAUAAUAAGCAUUAGGUUGCAUGUGUGUGCUUUGGACCUUUGGUCAUGUUAUAUGAUAUCUGUAGUCUCUGCUGUAGGUCUUUUGUGUUUCCUUUUCUGUAACUAUAUAUGCUGAAGUAAGAAACCAUGAAUAAUGGAUAUAUAUAA